AGUACCGCGAAGCCGCUACGUGGCAAAGAACAAAGCAGCGCAACCGCAACUCUUCACCCGCAGUCACGCCUCCGAACCUCGCCGCCGCAGCCAUGCCGGGCCUCACUCUCAACACCGAAGGUGCUGCCGUCUCCAGGACGCCCAUAUACCCGCCCGCGCCUCUGACCAGCCAAUCCGUCGCCGCAUCCUCAACAACUAAUACCACAACUCCAGCCACAUCCGCCGUAACAACGAGCGCUCCCACAAACCCAAACCCGAAUCCAAACACGAACACAAACACAAACCCAAGCGCGCACACCCCCGCACGCCCCUCCUCCCCCCAGCGACCGCCCUACAGCCCCAUCACGCCGCCCCUGAACCCGAUCGCGCUCCCGCCGCGACCCGCCUACACGCACUCCGCGCAGCGGCCGCAGACGACCGGCGUCGCGCCGCCCGCGCCCGAGCCCAUCGACUUCGACGCGAACCCGGACGUGCUGGCCCUCAAGUCCGCCAUCUCGGUGCUGCAGCUGCAGCGCCGCAAGGCCGAGGCCGACAUGGCCGCGCUCUCGCGCGUCAAGGCCGCCGCCCUCGCCGACCCGCGCGCCUUCGUCCGCGACCUGACCGAGGGCCGCGUCGGUAUGGAAGGGGCAGGAGGAGAAGGAGGAGGAGAAGGGCCGGCGAGCUCGGAUAGCGACUCGGAUGAGGAUUCUGACGAGGAUAUGGAUGGCGCGGACGCGGACGCGGAUGAGAAGGCGAGCGCUUCUGCCGCCGGCGGCCAACACGCUCCCAGCGGCGCUUCGAGUAACCAACCAGACACGUCCGCCAACCCUCAUAUCAAACCGGACUCGGGCGUCAAGCCCGAACCCUCCACCUCCUCCAGCACAGCCGCGACGUCGCGGCGAACGAAACCGCAGCCGAGCCCCUGGGCGCGGCUUCCCAAGCCGCAGAACAUCGUGCGGUGCCCGCCGAUCAACUGGUCGCAGUACGCCGUCGUCGGCGAGUCGCUCGACAAGCUGCACGCGGAGCAGGUCUCGCGGCCGACCCAGGGCGUCCCCGCCGUCGUCGCCGCGGACGGGCGCUACGAGUUCGGCGCCGCCACGGGAAAGCAGGAGCGGCUCGUCGGGAUCGCGGCGCCGUACGCCCCGGGCAAGGACCGGAUCGAUCGUAGAUCCAAGGGCCCGAGGAGGUAAGGCGAGGAGGUGUUAUCCGGCCACCGGGCACCUCAGUGAUGAGUUCCGGUGCGUGGUGUUAGGAGGUGGUGUGAAAGACGACUCCUGUGAUGGAAACGGGGUCGUCUUGUGAUGAAGUAACGGAUAACGACUGAGCAUGCAUCUUAUAUUAUUAUGCGUCUUAUAGGUGACGCCUCCUGUUUAUUGGAGUUUGUCUUAUAAGGAGAGGAGUUGGGGCUCGGCGGUUUGGAUGUUUUGUGACUAUUAUAAUAAGCAUAUAUCAAUACCCAUACAUCUUAAGUGGCCUUUUCCAAAGCUAUUUGCAGAAAUAGUCCAUGUAGCCGUGCAUC